GGAGUGGAUUUACGGCACUGUUACGUCACAUGUAUUGCUCAGCAGAAGCACCGCUAUCCUGAAACUUAUGGCUACAGAUGUGUAGCCCUGGAUUAACCGAUUAAAACACGGACUGAUGGGAAACAUAGAAAGACAUGAAAGAAACUGACACUGUGGAGAGUGAGAAAGAUGAACAAUGGGUGGUCAGUAAGGACAAUGAAGAGGAAGCUCCAAUGAGCCGUAGUUUUUCUGUAGAAGACCUCCUCGAUGAGGUGGAGAAGAUCUGUUACGAUGCCUCAGGGACUUCAAAGGUGGAGAUGGUGGUGAGGCUGUGGAAGGACGGCUUCACUGUAAAUGAUGAGGACUUUCGCAGCUACUCCAUUCCAGAGAAUCAAGAGUUCCUGGAUGCCAUCAAAAGGGGGGAGCUUCCGGCAGAGUGGGAGAGCAGAGCAGAAGAGGAGGAGCUGGAGAUUAGCGUGGAAGAUCUGACAGAGGAAAAUUACGUUCCCAAGAAGAAGGCCUUUCAUCCCUUCAGCGGUCGAGGAUACAGGCUUGGCAGUGUGGCACCCAGAGUAGUAGCCAGGUCACCAUCUGUGCACGAGGACGGAGAAUCUCCUCCUAUUCCCAUGGUAACACUAGACCACACCCUUCCCGUCACCUCCCUGCAGAUCUGGUUGGCCGACGGCAGGAGACUGGUGCAGAGGUUUAACCUAUCGCAUCGGAUUGCUGAUGUUCAUGAUUUCGUGUCACGCUGCCAGAGGAGCUGCCCACCUUUCGUCCUGACGACGUCUCUUCCUUUCCGAGAGCUCACCGACAAAGAAUUAAGUCUGGAAGAAGCGGAUUUGGCCAACGCUGUCAUUGUACAGAGACCCCUGAACACACAGGCUCCAUUUGGACACUCCUGACCAACACGAGCCCAUAAUUCACACAGCACGCUGCUUUUCCCCCUCACUGACUCAUUGUCUCCCCCCCUGAUAGCAAUCUCAAGGUCCACAGCACUCGCAUUUGACAGUUGCUGUGUCCUUCUACUGUCCCCGUGUGGGAUUAGCUCAAACUUUAUUAACGAUAUAAUCGCUUAGUUGCAAAAGGUGCUGUCCUUCCUCUGGAGGACAGCAGCUACCUACCUUCUUAAAUCUGCUGAAAAACUAUAUAAGCUGUCGCCCAUGCAGAUGGUCCUCCAAGGGAUCUCCAUCUGUUUAAUCUGCCACGUGUAAAACCUCCAUCCGCCCCAUCACACACGCAAAAUCCCACCACCGUCACCACCAAGCAAGUCUUCCCAAAUUGUGAUUUACCACCUUUUCUGCACAAUCAGCAGUAUGUAUAUGUAGGGGGCUGAGGUUUUAAGGUUGCAAACAUGUGAUUUUUUUGUUUGCACAAUACUGUGAUACAAAAGUAUUUAUGUUUGCCUUGCUGUUUAAUCUCUAUCAGUUUUUGCCUUCCGUAGUGUUAUGAUUUUUCUUUCGGUCAAAUGCAUUGUUUUAUUUGACCAAAUCAUUGGACGACAUAUCACAUGUCAAAGUAUGACAAAAUAAAAUGUUAAAAAAUUCUUAAAAUUCUGCAUUGUUUUUGUUUUGUUUUAACAUUUAAUAAAUUGAUCAAAUUGAA